ACUCUGACAUUUUGUUGUUUAGACAAAAAAAAACUUGUAAACUGACGUAGCCAAAGCCAAGUUACUUUUCCGAUAAUAUUUGUGUUUUUAAUAAAAAUUAUGGAAAAAUCAUUUUUAUUAUUUGCAUUUAUUGCACUUAUUCACUUUUGCUCUUCCAAUGCAGAAUUUACAACACAAGACUGCCGGGAAUUGGGUUACAUCAAGAGUCAACUGAUGUGCUCAUCCUGUGAUAAAUUAGAUGAAUUCGGUUUAGAAAGUCUUAAACCCCACUGCUCUGAAUGUUGCAAAGAAGAUAAAAUAGCUCCAACCAUGAAACGAUAUCCCAAAGCAAUUCUUGAAGUAUGUACUUGCAAGUUCCGUGCCUAUCCUCAAAUUCAAGCAUUCUUGCAAAGUGAACGUCCACAAAAAUUCCCAAAUCUUCAAAUCAAGUACGUUCGAGGCUUGGAUCCAAUUAUUAAGCUUUUGGAUAAAGACAGAAAUGUAAAGGAAACUCUUUCAAUUGCAAAAUGGAACACCGACACAGUUGAGGAGUUCUUCGAGACACAUCUGGAAAAGAGGAAAAUUAUUAAUCCAGAAUAUUUGAAUUAUCUGUAAAGCUAGAAUUAUAUU